GUUGAGGACCCUCCCUCUGAAACUCCCCCCCUCAGGACCUCAGUCUGACAGCCACUCUACUGACUGUACAGCUAUAACCUUUCAGACGAGCUGCCUGCGCCACCUCGGCGGCAUUUAAUCACUGAGAAAACGACUGGAGUCGUAUGCAUUCUUUAUGCUUCUUCCACGCUCGCACCCCGCCUUCCCCAUCGCGUCGCCGUGAGCGUGUGUGUGUGUGUGUGUGUGUGUGUGUGUCUGUGCGCGCGCCACAGACUCUCAUUUCUCCUGCUGUCUCCGGUGCGUCUGUUUCGCUGUGUGGAGCGGCGGUGUGCAUGUGUCGGGGAGCCGGGGGAGCGCUGCACUGCUCUGCGCACUCGUUCUCCUGGACAUCACCGAGUACACAGCGCUCGAUAACCCGGGUGGCGGUGGUGGUGGAGGAGGAGGAGGAGGGGAGACUGGACCCGGACCUGGAGCAGGAGCAGGAGCAGGACCGGGAGACGCACUGUGGCUUCUUAGAGCCCGCUCUCCGAAAACAUGUCCGAAUUGUUUCUGCUCGUUUUUCUAGCCCUGCUCUCGGGAUUAUUUCCGUGCGCCGAGCCCUCCACAGUGUCGGACGAGGAGAAAGAGGCCAUUGUGUGUGACAUUGGGGAGUUUCACUGUCGCGAGCGGCAAACCUGCAUCCCCGACGCCUGGCUCUGCGAUGGCGAGCCCGACUGCCCGGACGACUCGGACGAAACAGAUCAAACUUGUGCACAUGAGGUGGUGAUCAGAUGUCCUCUAAAUCACAUACAGUGUAUCGGCACAAAAAAAUGCAUUCAUUUCAACAAACUCUGCAACGGGGCUCGAGACUGUGAGGAUGGCUAUGAUGAAGGAGUUCACUGUAGAGAGCUCCUGUCAGCCUGCCACGAGCUCAGGUGCCGCUACGGCUGCGUCAUGACAAGAAACGGCACCUUCUGUUUCUGCGCUGACGGCUUCGAGGUCGGCGAGGACGGGACAAGCUGCAGAGAUCAUGAUGAAUGUGCCAUAUAUGGCGCAUGCAGCCAAACCUGCACGAACACCUACGGGUCAUACAGAUGCAGCUGCACAGAAGGAUACAUCCUACAGCCUGACAGGAUAUCCUGCAAAGCCAAACAAGAUCCUGGUGACAGCCGCCCAGUGCUUCUCAUUGGAGGCGCAGAUCGUAUUGUCAUCACCAGCCUAAAUGGAACGGGCCUCAAACCCCUAAGGUCCUUGAGUGUAAAUGGAACUGUGGCACUGGAUUUCCAGCACAAGCAGGAAACCGUAUGCUGGGUCCUGUCUUCAGAAUCCUCUGGGCAACUCCGAUGUGCUGAAGCAAGAAAUCUGCGCGGAUUCACACGGGAAAAGGAAAUAAGAACACAACAGCAUUUGCAAAAUGUGGAGCAGAUGGCCAUUGAUUGGUUGACGGGCAAUUUUUAUUUUGUUGACCGGGUCACUGACAAGAUUUUCGUGUGCGACAAUGGCGGGGUAACAUGUGUUACUGUCAUACAACUGGACUUACUCAACCCUAAAGGAAUAGCUCUGGAUCCUCUGAUGGGAAUGAUGUUCUUCACCGACUAUGGGAACGUGGCCAAGGUGGAGCGCUGCAACAUGGACGGCACCAAUCGGACGCGGCUGGUGGAUUAUAAAAUUGAGCAGCCCACUGCCGUGGCACUGGACGUGGUCAAGAAGCUGGUAUACUGGGCCGACGCCUACCUGGAUUACAUCGAGGUGGUGGACUAUCAGGGCGGGAACAGGCAUACCGUUAUCCAUGGGAGCCAAGUGUCAUACAUUUAUGCACUAGCUGUGUUUGAGGACUACCUCUAUGCUACCCACUCUGACCCUUCCAAAGGGAGUUCCGCUGUGGAGCUGCUGCUGAUCCACAGGUUCAACAUCACAGCAGAGAGCACAACAUUAGCCAGCAUGGGGAAUACUAAAGGAGUGCGUGUGUACCACAAACUCACUCAGCCAAGAGUUCGGAGUCAUGCUUGUGAAAUUGAUUCCUAUGGAAAGCCAGGUGGAUGCUCCCAUAUUUGCCUCCUGAGUGGCAGCUACAAGUCCAGAUCAUGCCGUUGUCGUACUGGUUACAGCUUGGGCUCCGAUGGACAGUCCUGCAAAAAGCCCAAAAGCGACCUCUUCCUCUUCUACGGCAAGGGACGUCCCGGUGUCAUCCGAGGACUGGAUAUGAACAUCAAGUCCAGCGAUGAGCACAUGGUGCCAGUCAAGGACCUGGUUAACCCUCGAGCCAUCGACUACCAUGCCGAAUUGGGACACGUUUACUUUGCCGAUACGACCAGUUUCCUCAUCGGGCGGCAAAAAAUAGAUGGAAGUGGCAGAGAGACGAUACUCAAAGAUGAUCUCGACAAUGUGGAGGGAAUCUCGGUGGACUGGAUUGGGAAUAACCUGUACUGGACCAACGAUGGCUACAGGAAGACGAUUAGCGUCGCCAGGCUGGAGAAAGCCUCACAGACGAGAAAGACUCUUUUGGAAGGAAACAUGUCACACCCACGGGCCAUUGUGGUCGACCCUCUUAAUAGCUGGAUGUACUGGACAGACUGGGAAGAGGAUGAGGUCAAUGACAGCAUAGGGAGAAUAGAAAAGGCCUGGAUGGAUGGAUCCAACCGCCGGAUUUUUGUCACCUCCAACAUGCUGUGGCCCAAUGGUCUGACACUGGACCACGGCACCAGCACCAUGUACUGGUGUGACGCCUACUACGAUCACAUUGAGAAGAUUCAUCUGAAUGGAACUGGAAGAAUGGUGGUGUACAACGGGAAAGAGCUGAACCAUCCGUUUGGAAUCUCCCACUAUCGGAAUUUCAUCUUUUGGACAGAGUACAUGAAUGCUUCGGUCUUCCAGCUGGACCUAACAGCCAGCGAUGUCACUCUAAUGCGGAGUGAGAGACCGCCACUGUUCGGCCUGCGUGUCUAUGACGCACAGAGUCAGCAAGGGGAAAACGCAUGCAGUGUGAAUUAUGGAGGCUGCGGAACCCUCUGCCUCGCCAUCCCAGGAGGCAGAGUGUGUGCCUGCGCUGACAACCAGGUUCUGGAGAAGAACAAUGUCACCUGCACAGAAGCCUCCAGCACUUUACAGCCACAGCGAUGUAAAAACGACGAGUUUCAGUGCCACAAUCAUCGCUGCAUACGAGCUGCCUGGAAGUGUGACGGAGACGAUGACUGUCUGGAUGGAAGCGAUGAAGAGAGCCACAGCUGUUACAAUCACAGCUGCCCCAUUGAUCAGUUCAAAUGCAGCAACAACCGCUGCAUCCCGAAAAGAUGGCUUUGCGACGGAACAAAUGACUGUGGUAACAACGAGGAUGAGGCUAACACUACCUGUACAGCCCAGCACUGUCAGGCCGACCAGUUCUCCUGCCUCAACAGACGAUGUAUACCUCGAGCCUGGCUCUGCGACCGGGAGGAUGACUGUGGAGACAUGUCUGAUGAAAUGUCCUGCUCUUUCCCCACAUGUGAGGCCCUGACUCAGUUCAGCUGUUCCAAUGGAAGAUGUAUAAGCGUGAACUGGCACUGUGAUUCAGAUGAUGACUGCGGCGAUGGCAGCGAUGAAGCUGGCUGCAUCCACUCGUGCUCCAACACCCAGUUCCAGUGCACCAGUGGCCGCUGCAUCCCGGACCAGUGGGCCUGCGACGGUGACAACGACUGUGGAGACUUCAGCGACGAGAACACCACCUGCAGAGGUGGAUCAGCAUUGCUGCCAUCUGUGAUUGAGUGCAGCGGGGAGGAAUUCCACUGUGUCGCUGACGGAACCUGCAUCCCCGAGCGCUGGAGGUGUGACGGAGACAAGGACUGCGAGGAUGGAAGCGACGAGAAAGACUGCGAAGGCACCAAAAGGAUGUGCGACCCCAAGGCCAAGUUUACAUGCAAAGACACAGGGAAGUGCAUCACAAAGAGCUGGGUGUGCGAUGGGGACAUUGAUUGUGAAGACCGCUCAGAUGAAGAGUCCUGUGAGUCCGCUGUCUGCAAGCCACCCAAGUACCCUUGUGCAAAUGAUACCUCUGUCUGUCUGACUCCUGAUAAGAUCUGCAAUGGAAAAGUGGACUGCGCUGAUCGCUCGGAUGAAGGACCCAUCUGUGAUAUGUGUCUGGUAGCCAGAGGAGGGUGCAGUCACCAGUGCACUGUGGCGCCAGGGAAAGGGGUUGUGUGCUCUUGUCCCCCUGGGCUUCACCUGGACUCCAGCAACAAGACGUGUGAGGUGGUCGACUACUGCAGCCGUCACCUAAAGUGCAGCCAAGUGUGUGAGCAGUACAAGACCACAGUGAAGUGCUCCUGUUAUCCAGGAUGGAUGCUGGACCCAGACGGGGACAGCUGUCACAGCACAGAUCCCUUUGAGGCUUUCAUCAUUUUCUCAAUCCGGCAUGAGAUAAGACGAAUAGACCUUCACAAGCGGGACUACAGCCUCCUGGUGCCGGGGUUGAGGAAUACUAUUGCACUAGACUUCCACUUUAAUCACAGCCUACUUUACUGGACAGACGUUGUGGAGGAUAAGAUCUAUAGAGGGAAGCUCUCUGAGUCUGGUGGAGUCACUGGGAUUGAGGUGGUCGUGCAGCACGGACUGGCCACCCCAGAGGGUCUGGCUGUGGACUGGAUUACAGGGAAACUGUACUGGAUUGACAGCAAUCUGGACCAGAUUGAGGUUGCCAAGCUUAAUGGAGAUAUGCGCACCACACUGAUUGCUGGAGGCAUGGAGCAUCCACGGGCCAUUGCUCUCGACCCUGGGCAGGGGAUCCUCUUCUGGACCGACUGGGAUGCUACUUUUCCCCGAAUCGAGGCUGCGUCAAUGAGUGGAGGAGGUCGACAUAUUGUGUUUAAAGAUAUGGAAAUUGGUGCCUGGCCUAAUGGACUGACUCUGGAUCAUCUGGAAAAGAGGAUUGUUUGGACAGAUGCACGAUCCGAUGCCAUUUUCUCUGCACUCUAUGACGGCAGUGGGGUCAUUGAGAUCCUCAAGGGCCACGAAUACCUGUCUCAUCCUUUCGCCGUAUCUCUCUACGGAGGCAACGUGUACUGGACGGACUGGAGGACAAAUACUUUGGCAAGAGCCAAUAAGUGGACCGGUCAAAAUGUCACAGUUAUCCAAAAGACAAGUGCUCAGCCUUUUGACUUGCAGAUCUUCCAUCCCAGCAGGCAGCCACAAGCCUCUAACCCAUGUGAAGAGAAUGAUGGACGUGGUCCGUGCUCACAUCUGUGUCUCAUCAAUUACAAUCGCACUGCUUCCUGCACCUGUCCACACCUCAUGAAGCUUUCAACCGACAAACAGUCCUGCUUUGCACUGAAAAGGUUCCUCCUGUACGUGCGGCGCUCUGAAAUCCGCGGUGUGGACAUCGACGACCCUUACAUGAAUGUCAUGACGGCCCUCACGGUGCCAGACAUCGAUGACGUCUCCAUGGUGGACUAUGAUGCCCAGGAGGAGAGGAUAUACUGGGCUGACAUUAAAACACAGACCAUUAAAAGGGCCUUCAUCAAUGGCACCCAGCUUGAGACCAUCAUUUCCACAGAUAUAGUGAACUGCCGCGGUCUGGCUUUAGACUGGAUUUCAAGGAACUUAUACUGGCUCAGCUCUGAAAAUGAUGAGUCACAAAUCAAUGUGGCUCGCUUUGAUGGCUCCCUGAAGACUUCCAUCAUCCAUGGCAUUGAUAAGCCGGGGUGUCUUGUCGUGCACCCUGCCAGAGGGAAAAUCUAUUGGACCGACAGCAACACCAUUAACAUGGCAAACAUGGACGGGAGUAACAGCAAAGUCCUCCAACAGAAUCAGAGGGACCCUGUAGGUCUCUCACUGGACUACACAGCCAACAAGCUGUACUGGAUCAGCUCGGCCAAUGGCACUAUCAACAGGUGCAAUCUUGAUGGCAAUGGGCUGGAAGUGUUGGAGACUCUAAAGAGGGAGUUAGCCAAAGGCACAGCUCUGGCAGUGAUGGGUGGAAAACUGUGGUGGGCAGACGAGGAAUCGGCACAGCUGGGAACGGCGAACAAGAGAGAUGGACGGAACCAUGUGAUUCUGAGAAACAAGACGAAUGGGGUGGUUCAUAUGAAAGUGUAUGACAGAGAGGGUCAGAAGGGACGAAACCCGUGCCAGAUAAACAACGGAGGAUGUUCACAGCUGUGUUUCCCGACCUCUGAAAACACCCGUAGCUGCGCCUGCACUGUUGGCUACAACCUGCGCAGCGACCGCAUGUCGUGCGAAGGUGUUGACUCGUUUCUGAUGUAUUCCAUCCAUGAGGGAAUCCGGGGAAUCGCUCUUGACCCAAAUGACAACAGUGAAGCCCUCAUGCCCAUCACGGGAACACUGUUUGCUGUGGGAGUGGACUUUCACGCAGGAAAUGACACGGUGUACUGGACCGACAUGGGCCUGAACAGAAUAUCCCGUGCCAAGCGUGAUCAGACCUGGAGGGAGGAUAUCAUUACGACUGGCAUUAGCCGCGUGGAAGGCAUCGCCGUUGACUGGAUAGCUGGAAAUCUAUAUUGGACAGACCACGGUGUCAACUUAAUUGAAAUCUCCCGUCUGAACGGUGCAUAUCGCUCAGUGGUUAUAUCUGAAGGAUUAGAUCAGCCCCGGGCCAUUGCUGUACAUCCACAGAAAGGGUAUCUCUUCUGGACUGAGUGGGGCCAGAACCCCUGCAUCGGCCGCUCCCGUCUAGACGGUUCGGACCAGGUGACCUUGGUCAACUCGGGCAUCAUGUGGCCCAAUGGAAUUUCCAUAGACUAUGAGGAAAAUACAUUAUACUGGUGCGACGCCCGCACGGAUAAAAUCGAGAGGAUCAACCUUGAGACAGGUGAGGGCCGAGAGAUUGUACUGUCUGUGGCCAACGUGGACCUGUUCUCGGUGGCUGUGUUUGGGCCUUACAUCUACUGGUCUGACAGGGCCCACUCCAACGGUUCAAUCCGUCGCGCCUUCAAGGCUGACACCUCUGAGGUCGUGACCAUACGGAGUGGUCUCGGGGUCAAUUUGAAGGAUGUGACAGUCUUCAAUAGAGGCAGAGAAAAAGGUACCAACCCGUGUGCGAGGAGUAAUGGAGGCUGCCAACAGCUGUGCUUUCACCUGGGCAGUGGGCGCCGCACGUGCUCCUGCGCCCACGGCCGCCUGGCAGACGAUGGCUUCGCCUGCGAGCGCUAUGAAGGUUAUCUUCUCUACUCGGAGAGGACUAUACUGAAAAGCAUCCAUCUUUCAGAUGAGAACGACCUCAACUCACCUGUCCAGCCUUUUGAAAAUCCUGCAUUUUUCAAGAAUGUCAUUGCCUUGGCCUUUGACUAUAGUCAGGAGACAGCUGGGACCAACCGCAUAUUUUUCAGCGACGUCCAUUUUGGAAAUAUCCAGAUGAUAAAUGACGACUGGACAGGGAGAACUAUUAUUGCCGAAAAUGUGGGUUCAGUGGAGGGCCUCUCCUACCACCGGGCCUGGGACACUUUAUACUGGACCAGCUCCACCACCUCCACCAUCACCAGGCAAACUGUGGACCAGACACGGGUCGGUGCCCUCAGCAGGCAGGCUGUGGUCACACUCUCUGAGGACGACCAUCCACACGUCCUGGCCCUGGAUGAGUGUCAAAACCUGAUGUUUUGGACCAACUGGAAUGAGCAGAGGCCCAGCAUCAUGAGAUCCACUUUAUCGGGCAAGAACAUGAGGAUUAUCAUCAGUUCAGACAUUCUGUCCCCCAGCGGACUGACUAUUGACCACAAAGCAGAGAAGCUGUACUUUUCAGAUGGGAGCCUUGGCAAGAUUGAGAGAUGUGACUUUGAUGGUUCCAGCAGAUAUGUCAUUGUCAAAUCAGGACCUGGAAACUUCUAUGGGUUGGCCAUCUAUGCAGAUUUUAUUUACUGGUCGGAUUGGGCCCAUAGGUCUGUGCUGCGAUCGAACAAACACACAGGCGGGGACACCAAAGUACUGCGAGCCGAUAUACCCCAUCAACCGAUGGGAAUUAUAGCUGUAUCCAGAGAUACAAAUAACUGUGAGCUGUCCCCAUGCCGACACAUGAACGGAGGCUGCGGUGACCUUUGUCUUCUCACCCCGUAUGGGAGGGUCAACUGCACUUGCCGUGGAGAGCGUGUACUGUUGGACAACAACAGAUGCGUGUCAGAAAAUUCCUCCUGCAACAUCCAUACUGAAUAUGAGUGUGGGAACGGGGAGUGCAUCAACUACCAGCUAACCUGUGAUGGAGUAGCCCACUGCAAAGAUAAAUCAGAUGAAAAGAUGCAGUACUGUGACAACAGAAGCUGUCGGAAGGGUUUCAGGCCGUGCUACAACCAGCGAUGUGUGGCCAACAGUCGCUUCUGCGACGGGAUCGAUGACUGUGGGGAUAAUUCUGAUGAAGCUUUCUGUACUAAUGUCACUUGUGGCUCAUCAGAAUCAUCGUGCAAAGAUGGGAGCUGUGUACCCAGCUCAGCCUGGUGUAACCAGGUCAUUGACUGUGCCGACGCUUCGGAUGAAAAAAACUGCAACCACACCGACUGCUCACACUUUUACAAGCUGGGGGUGAAAGAGAAAGAAUUCAUUAGCUGCAACACCACCUCGCUGUGCAUCCACCCCUCAUGGAUCUGUGACGGCGCCAACGACUGCGGUGACUAUGUUGAUGAGACCAACUGCCAGGUUUCCCAUGGUCAAAAGUGCGAGGAAGGCCACUUUGCAUGCCCAAGCGGGAACUGCAUCUCCAGUGUUUGGCUGUGUGACGGCCAAAAAGACUGCGAAGACGGUGCGGAUGAAUUCCAGUGUGACUCAUCAUGCCUGUGGAAUCAGUUUGCCUGCUCAAAGAACAAGUGCAUUGCCAAACAAUGGCUGUGUGACGGGGAGAACGACUGUGAGGACGGCCUUGAUGAGAGCGUCCAGAUCUGUGGCUCAGUGACAUGUGCUCCAGGGCUGUUCAGCUGCCCUGGGUCGUAUGCCUGUGUUCCGAAACGCUGGCUCUGUGAUGGCGAGAGGGACUGCCCUGAUGGGAGUGAUGAACUCUCUGCAGCUGGCUGUGCACCCAACAACACAUGUGAUGGCAGCUCAUUUCGCUGCCGCAACAAGGCGUGUAUCCCCCAGCGAUUUGUCUGUGACCAUGACGACGACUGUGGAGACGGAUCUGAUGAGUCAGUGGAAUGUGUCUAUCGCUCCUGUGGAUCUGAGGAAUUCCGCUGCAGGGACGGCCGCUGUCUUCUCAGUUCUCAGUGGGAGUGUGACGGCCACGCAGACUGUCCCGACCACUCUGACGAACUGCCUCUAAACCUCAAAUGUCUGGCAGCAGGCAGCCUGUGCAAUGGCUCCUUCUUCAUGUGUUCCAAUGGACGCUGCAUUUCUGAGGGGAAUCUGUGUGAUGGGAAAAACGACUGUGGAGACCAGUCGGAUGAGAAGAACUGCAAUGUGAACGAAUGCCUGAAUCGAAGGGUCAGCGGGUGCACACAGGACUGCCACGAUCUUACUGUUGGAUACAAGUGUAAGUGCUGGCCUGGUUUCCACCUGAAGGAUGACGGGAAGACAUGUGUGGACAUUGAUGAAUGCUCCACCACUCUUCCCUGUAGCCAGCGCUGCAUCAACACUUACGGCUCGUACAAGUGCUUGUGUGUGGACGGUUACGAAGCCUUGGAGCGCAGUCCCAAUACAUGUAAAGCUCUGUCAGCCGAAGAGCCCUUUCUCAUUAUGGCAGACCACCAUGAGAUACGGAAGCUGAGUGUGGACGGCUCAAAUUACACCAUCUUGAAACAGGGUCUCAACAACAUCAUCCACAUAGACUUUGACUACAAGAAAGAAUUUAUUUAUUGGGUGGACUCAACAAGGCCAAGUGGUCGGAAAAUCAACAGAAUGCGCCUCAAUGGGAGCGACCUCAAGAUAGUCCACAGAACAGCAGUGCCCAGUGCAUUGGCAGUGGAUUGGAUCGGAAAAAAUCUGUACUGGUGUGAUGUGGAAAGGAAAACAAUGGAGGUGUCCAAAUCCAAUGGACUCUACCCCACCAUCCUUAUCAGUUCUAGCCUCAAGAAUCCCACAGAUUUGGCUCUGGAUCCCCAGACAGGGUAUGUAUUCUGGGUGGACUGCUGUGACCCCCCUCACAUUGGACGUAUCGGCAUGGAUGGAGGAGGGCAAACAGUUAUCAUUGACACAGAGAUCUAUAGCCCCACUGCUCUCACCAUUGACUAUACCAACAAAAGGCUUUACUGGGCCGAUGACAACCACAUCCUGUUUGCCAACAUGGAUGGUACACAGAGACGCAAAGUGUCCUAUGAUCACAUCCAAGGGGUAAUGGCUCUGACUUUGUUUGAGGACUUUGUCUACUGGACGGAUGGGAAGUCCAAAUCACUGCGACGUGCUCAUAAGACAACUGGCUCUCAGGGGAUGGAGCUCCUUAAUUCCUGGCAAGCCAUCAAAUCCAUCAAGGUCUACCACUCCCUACGCCAGCCUGAAGUACCCAAGCACCAGUGUCAGAUUGCAAAUGGAGGGUGCAGCCACCUGUGUCUUCUGUCUCCUGGUGGAGGACACAGAUGUGCCUGUCCUACUAAUUUUUACUUGGCUGCUGACAAUAAGACCUGCCUGUCCAACUGCACCUCAAGUCAGUUUCGCUGUGGGACAGAUGAGUGUAUCCCUUUCUGGUGGAAAUGUGACACCGUGGAUGACUGUGGGGAUGGAUCAGACGAACCUGCUGACUGUCCGGAAUUCAAAUGUCAGCCGGGGCGUUUUCAGUGUGGCACUGGCCUUUGUGCGCUUCCUCCCUUUAUCUGUGACGGAGAGAACGACUGUGGCGACAAUUCAGAUGAAGCAAACUGCGAGACAUACAUCUGUCUAUCAGGACAGUUCAAGUGCACCAGGAAACAGAAAUGCAUCCCUCUUAACCUUCGCUGCAAUGGUCAGGAUGACUGUGGGGAUGGAGAGGAUGAAACCGACUGCCCUGAAAGCACCUGCUCCCCAGACCAGUUCCAGUGCAAAGCGUCUAUGCACUGCAUAUCCAAACUCUGGGUUUGUGACGAGGACCCUGACUGUGCAGACGGUUCUGAUGAGGCUAAUUGCGAUGAAAAGACCUGUGGACCACAUGAAUUCCGCUGCAAGAAUAACAACUGCAUCCCAGACCACUGGAGGUGUGACAGUCAGAAUGACUGUGGAGACAACUCAGACGAGGAGCACUGCAAGCCAGUCACAUGCAACCACAAGGAUUUCGCCUGUGCCAAUGGCGACUGCAUCUCCUCCCGUUUCCGCUGUGAUGGGGACUACGACUGCCUGGAUAAUUCAGAUGAGAGAGCCUGUGAGGCACACUGUGCAGAUGACCAGUUUAGGUGUCACAACAACCUCUGCAUCUCGCUGAAGUGGCUGUGUGACGGCCAAGAAGACUGCAAGAUGGGGGAAGAUGAAAAAAGCUGCCAGGCAACAGUAAUCCCUUCGUGUUCUGUGAACGAGUAUGUGUGUGCCAGUGGAGGUUGCGUGUCAGCCACCCUGCGGUGUGAUGGACAUGACAACUGUCUGGAUGGCUCAGAUGAGAUUGGCUGUGUGAAGGAGUGCAGAGAAGAUGAAUUUCUGUGCCUGAAUCGUGCUCACUGUAUCCCCCGACGCUGGCGCUGCGAUGACGUGCUGGACUGCAUGGACCACAGUGAUGAGGAAAACUGCAAUCAGGGUGCUUUCUUCUGCCGGGCUGAUGAAUUCAUUUGCAACAACACUUUGUGCAAACUCCACACAUGGGUGUGUGACGGCAAGGAUGAUUGUGGAGAUAACUCUGAUGAAGACAUGGACAUGUGUGCAAAACUACCCUGCCCUCCCACCAGGCAAUUCCGUUGCAGAAAUGAUCACGUGUGUCUGCGCAUGGACCAAGUCUGCAACAAGGUGGAUGACUGUGGUGACAACUCGGAUGAAGAAGAGUGUGAGGUGGUAGCUGGAAGACCUCGGCCAUGUGGGAAGACAGAGUUCACCUGCAGCAACCAGCGCUGCGUCCCAAUCCAGCUGCAGUGCGACCUCUUCAACGACUGUGGAGACGGUGGCUCAGACGAGCAAGAUUGCAAGACCUUUUCGAGUGGAGAUGUGUGUGGAAAGAAAACCAAUCCAUGUGGGGAAGAUGCCAUUUGCAACCAGACGUAUGGUAACGCUGUAUGUCAUUGCAAGCCUGGCUUUAAAAGGAACCAAAACACAGGCCAGUGUGAAGAGAUAAAUGAAUGUCUGCAGUUUGACACCUGCCCUCAUUACUGCACAAACACUAAAGGAUCAUUCAAAUGCUCAUGUGACAGGAAUUACAAAGAAAUCAAUGGAAACUGCAUAGCCAAAGGACCAGAGGAUCGAGUGCUCUACCUGGCAAAUGACACUGAAAUCCGAAGUUUUGUAUAUCCAUUUAACCAGAGCCACGGUCACAAACUGCUCACCCAUAUCGAGGACAAUGCCCGCAUUAUUGGAAUGGACUCUCUGUUCCACCACCAGAAAUUUAUCUGGGCCACCCAGUUUAACCCUGGGGGGAUUUUUUACAAAGACGCUCUCGACAGGACACAAACUAAAGCAAAUGUCAGAAACAUUUGUUCAGACUUCCGGCGCCCAAGAGAUAUUUCUGCUGACUGGAUCACAGGCAACAUUUAUUGGACUGAUCACUCUCGGAUGCACUGGUUCAGCUAUUACACAGCCCACUGGACUAAAUUACGAUAUUCCAUAAAUGUGGGCCAGCUCAAGGGACCAAAUUGCACCCGCUUGAUUACCGACAUUGCGGGAGAACCAUACGCAAUUGCCGUCAACCCCGCUAAAGGGAUGAUGUACUGGAGUGUAAUAGGCGAUCACUCUCAUAUUGAGGAAUCAGCGAUGGAUGGAUCCUUACGGAGGGUUCUUCUGGACAAAAAUCUCAGGAGACCCACUGGCUUGGCCAUUGAUUAUUUCAACCAACGUUUGUACUGGGCUGAUCCUGAGCUCUCACACAUAGGGAGCAUGAGAUUGGAUGGCUCAGACCCUCUGGUGACAAUCAGUGACAGACACGGGAUCUCUCAACCAUACAGGAUCGAUCUAUUUGAAGACUACAUCUAUGGUACCGGACUAAAACAUGAGGUGUUCAAGAUCCACAAGUAUGGCAAGCAGUCUGUGGAAUUCCUCAGUUUGGGGGUGGAGAAACCCACAAAUGUUUUAAUCUCCCAUCGGUACAAACAACAAGAUGCAUCAAAUCCCUGCCUCAGAAUGUCUUGUGAUUUCAUGUGUCUGCUCAACCCAACGGGCGCCACGUGUACUUGUCCAGAGGGAAAGCUGCUGGUCAACGGUACCUGUAGUGAUGUCAACAUCUCAGGUGAACUUUGCCGCCCACCCUGCGAGAAUGGAGGACGCUGCUUAGCCAAUGAGAAGGGAGACUGGAGAUGCUACUGCUGGCCUGACUUUUCAGGGGAGCGCUGUGAAGUUAACCACUGUACAGACUACUGCCUUAAUGGAGGCACAUGUGUGGGUUCACCUCUCGGUAAGCCCACCUGCCGAUGUAAUGUUGGCUUCUCAGGGCCUUUUUGUGAGAGAAGGAUUUGCGACAACUACUGCUUAAAUGGAGGAACAUGUGACAUCACUCAGGGGAACCAGCCGGUGUGCCGCUGUAUGGCUGAAUAUACCGGGGACCGCUGUCUUUACCACAUCUGUCAUCACUACUGUGUGAACUCCAAGGCCUGCACACUGUCUAGCAGUGGCUAUGUGGAGUGUGUGUGUCCUGCCAGGUUUGAGGGAAACAAGUGCGAGGUGGACAAAUGCCUCAGAUGCCACGGCGCGCCGUGCCUCAUUAAUGAGGAGACGGGGGAUGUGGUUUGCAAUUGCACAAAUGGCAGAAUAGCACCGAGCUGCCAGCUGUGUGACGGUUAUUGCUACAAUGGAGGCACCUGUCACCUGGACCCCGACACCAACCUGCCUUUCUGUCACUGCACGUCAGGGUUCAAGAACCAACGUUGUGAUGAGCUGGCCAACCCCUGCGAUUACUUCUGUCAGAAUGAGGGGAUGUGCACAUUAACAGCUCUUAACAAACCACGCUGCAAAUGUUCAGCCAACUGGGCAGGAACACAGUGUGAGAGGCCCGCCCCUAAAAGCAGCAGAUCAGACAAUACCAGCGGAGGGAGCAUAGCUAUCAUCGUGCCUCUGGUCCUGCUGGUCAUCUUGAUUGUGAUGGUGGUAGGAGGUGUUUACAUCUGCAGACGGAAGCAAAGGGGAAAACGUGUCCAGAGGCAGCCCAUGACGAACGGUGGAAUAAAUGUGGAGAUUGGGAACCCGUCGUACAACAUGUACGAAGUGGACCAUGACAACCAUGCAGACGCUGGCAGCCUGCUGAGACCCAACUUCACACUGGACCCUCACAAGGGCUGGUGUGUAAAAUCCAGUGAUCCGCGCGCCUUGGGCACAAAGCCUGUGCCCAAGGAGGUAAUUCCUGGACAGGUGAUUUUUACAAACUUCACUUCAUGUCCAAUGAACUACUCCAACCCUGUGUAUGCAAAGAUUUAUAUCGAUGGACAAAAUUGCAGGAAGCCAGUCAUCAGUAUUGACGAGAGGAGAGAGCUACUCCCAAAGAAAUUAGAGGGGACAAUUCAUGAAACCGCCGCAUAGCCUAACUUUACACUUUGUACUUCAUUUUUUUUACCACAGUGAAUAAAUGUGUAAUACGGAGGAGGAAACAAGUUUUUUUUUUUUUUUUUUUUUUUAGGUUUCACCGGAUUAGCAUCAGCAUAAUGUCCUUGUUGGUGUGCUGAAGAGUCUUAUUUUCCAUUUGCCGUUUGCUUUCUAAUGUCGUCAAACACGAGUUAUACAGCGCUAUUAUUAUUAGUGUACACUGUAUGACACUGAGGUAAAGCUGCUCAUUAGCAAAAACGUUAUUAACACCAUAAGCCACACACACACACACACUUGUGCACACAGUUAAAACCUUAAAAAUGCAGUGCUUAAAUUUGUAUCCAUCAAUGUUUCUAGUUUAAGUGGAAUAAUGGACGCCGUCUUUUUUGUGAACGUGAUGAAGGUUCGGCUCAGUUUUUUCUGGACAUAUGUAAGUAUGGUAGAGAAGAGCUAUAUUGAUUGUUUCUAUGGCUUUUUUUCUUUUCCUUCAAUGCCACGUGACAUAUGGACCGCUGCACUUAAUGGUUUUCACCGGACGGAUCUAUUGAACGGACUUCCUGCGAAGGCCAUAAUAAUAAUCAAGAGGAUUUUUUUUUUUUCCCUCUCACACAUUUGUUUCAUUGGUCUCCCGUCUUUUUUUUCCCAUUUCCAUGGAUUUCAAGCUCCGUUCACCCCAUUUUUACAGUGACACGCCACAUGAACUUAUCUUUUUGGUGAAAGAGAUUGAAGCCCACCUUGAAUGUUCUCCGAGCAGACUCCCAGAUCCCGUACUGUACACUGAAGAGACAGAUGCUGAAUACCAUAUUUUUCUAGGUUAUAUGUCAACAGAUGGGUGAAAUAUGUAGAUGAGGAAGAUAUUUACCACAGUUACAAAAAGAGGCUACUAAGAGUUGUUAUAGAACACAUCUGUUAACUCCGGGGGGAAAAGGAAGAUGAUAAAUAUAAGAAAUUUUAUAAUUUUGUAUUUGAUUUGUAUGUCGUUUGGCUGCUUGUAUUUUGAAGAAAUGUACUAAAUGUAAGUAAUUUUUUAUAUAAAAUGUAAAUCAAUAUUGA